AUGCUCACCAUGGGCAAUCCGGAGGCAGAUCGGCUAAAGGCCAUGGCAGCCGUACAGGCCAUGUUCGAGAAGUACAAGCUACUUGCAGCUCGUAGACCCAAGAACCACGUCGACUUUGACCGGGAGGUCAUGCUGAAUCUGGAGCUUGUGGAUGCCACUCUCGAUGGCACCGUUACCUACGAAUUCUUCAUUGCGCCCAACCUUUCCAACCUGAACAAUGUCAUGCACGGAGGUGCUGCUGGAGUCAUAUUCGACAUGUCAACGACGACAGCACUUUGUCCCCUGGCCCGGCCUGGCUUCUGGGAAUUUAUGGGCGGUGUCACACGAACCCUUAACAUCUCCUAUCUCAAGGCUGUGCCAAUCAACACCAGAGUGCGGCUCAACAGCAAAGUAGUGAGUAUCGGAAAGCAGAUGGCCAUGAUCCGAGGCGACAUGACCAGUCUGGACGGAAAGAUCACAUAUUGUACCGUGGAGCACCACAAGGUGAACGCACCCGUGAUCAAAGAGCAUCUAGAUGUAAAGACGGCAUGGGACGAGGAGUUUGCCAGAGAAUGGAAAGCGAAGGGACUAGAAGACGUGAAGAGUAAAAUAUGA